GUAAACACAAGUAUACGUGGGGUUGCGUGAAAAUUAUUUUUCUCUUGCUCAACCACAAAGGCAUAGAAUCAAACUGCUUGUUGUGGACACGCUGGCUUCUUUUUCUUGUGGACAUUAUGGCUAAUAACACAACGAGUUUAGGGAGUCCUUGGCCAGAAAACUUUUGGGAGGACCUUAUAAUGUCCUUCACUGUAUCCAUGACGAUUGGGCUGGCAAUCGGAGGAUUUCUCUGGGCGCUGUUCGUUUUUCUGUCUCGAAGAAGAAGAGCCAGCGCGCCCAUCUCACAGUGGAGUCCUACCAGGAGACCCAGGUCUUCCUACAACCAUGGCCUCAACAGGACUGGGUUCUACCGCCACAGUGGCUAUGAACGGCGAAGCAACCUCAGCCUGGCCAGCCUCACUUUCCAGAGACAAGCUUCCAUGGAGUUGGCAAAUUCCUUCCCCAGGAAAUCAAGCUUCAGGGCUUCGACUUUCCAUCCCUUCCUGCAGUGCCCACCACUUCCGGUGGAAACUGAGAGUCAGCUGAUGACCCUGUCUGCCUCCACCACUCCAUCUACCAUCAGCACCACACACAGUUCGAGCCGGCCAGACUUCCGCUGGUCCAGCAACAGCUUGCGGAUGGGCCUCUCCCCACCGCCCCCACCUGCCUAUGAAUCCAUCAUAAAGGCAUUUCCCGAUUCCUGAGUCUGGGCUUUCGUUGUUUUUAAUUCUUUAAAAGAAAAAAUGUCUCUUUUAGAAAGAAAAUGAUAUAUAGGGUAAACAGAAUUUGGGAGCCAUGGCCCCAAUGAGUAAUUUUCCAAGUAGACAGGCUCAUAAAAGCUGACCAUUACCGAUAAGGCACGGUUUCUUUUGAACAAGUUUUUCUCACUAUGUCUCACAAAAGUAUUUUCUCAAAAAGUCCUACCUAUAUUUAUGUAUUUUUUGGAUUUAGUGUGAGGCAUCGAAUUAAAGAUACCGAUUCAAGAUUCUAAUGUACAAAUCAUGUGUAUUUGUAUGUUUUAGGUUAAAAAGACUUUAGAUGUUUGUAUAGGGUAAUAAUCCCCCAUUCACUUUCCCACGAGACUGCUGACAAACCAAAGUCACUAAAAUAAGAAAUUUCAAUGUUACUUUUGUGCGGCGACUGAGUCACUGGCAUCCUGGAAUCUUAGCGCUUUCAUGGUGCGUGUUUACGAGACAAUAGAACAGCGGAAGUUCUAAAAGCCCAGGAUUCUACUCAUUUGUGGAUGAGAGUCAAGCAAAGGUGCCAAGCUGUGCUGAUGUCACAGGAAUGGUUCCAUUUUGACAGUUACCUUGCUUCUUUCCCCACAUAGAUUCAUCUUGUAGUUCUUCCCAGUACAGUCACCCAUAUCGUUGAUGUAAAACCCUUGGAUUUAGGGGUAUGAGGAUUUAAAUGCAGGCCUGCUGGGGUAAUGUCAUUACCACAGCAAUGGCAAAUUCAGUUUAUUUGUUUUAAGCAUGAGGUUUUCUUUAGCAUCAAGUAACGUUUUUUACUUUCCUGAAUUUUGUUCCAACAACUAGGAAAGCACUUAUCUAGGGCAGCGGUUCUCAACCUGUGGGUCAUGACCCCUUUUGAGGUCAAACUCCCCUUUCACAGGGGGGUCACCUAAGACUAUUGGAAAACACAGAUAUUUAACGGUACAAUUCACAACAGUAGCAAAAUUACCGUUAUGAAGUUAACAACAGAAAUAAUUCUGUGGUUGGGAGUCACCACAACAUGAAGGACUGUAUUAUAUAGGCUCACAGCAUCAGGAAGGUUGAGAACCACUGAGAUAAUCCACAGUGAAAAACAUGCUGCAUCUCUGGAUGGCAAUUCCUCCUGGGUCAUCUCAGGCCCCAGGAACCAUCCCAUGGGAAAUGUUCUGUGAAUCCCAUCUCUAACGUCCUUAAAAGGCUAAAGUCACUAAAAGGUCUCUGUUUGAGAUAGUUACCCAAGGACUCCACAUCAACAGGUGGGGACUUCUUUAAUGUGGGCACCAGAGACUCCACAUGAACAGGUGGGGACUUCUUUAAUGUGGACACCAGAGACUCCACGUGUUCCUUUUGCCUCAAGGACAGGAGUUCACUGGGGGAUUGUUCAGAAAUCUUGUACCUCACAUUGAACACAUCAAGUACAAUUGAUUAUUCUUCUGUACAUAAUUUUUAGUGAUGCCCAGUGGUCCCAGCUAAUGGUGUCUGAAGAUAGUUCAAGAAUAUAACUCCUUUCACAAAAGAUAGCCAACAGCAUUUCUUUAUUAAUUUUGCCCAUUGUUCCUCAAGAGAAAUUAGUCUUCAAAAUGCCUACCAAAAUACUUGGUAAUAAAUACACAAGAGAAGAAGAAAGGAAAACAUACAUAAGGCAAAAUAAGGAAAAUAUAUAAAGUGUUCCUAAGGAAAUGUAGUACAGUCCUGGUAAGAUUUCAUGAGAGAACUUCAGCUUAGUAACAAGGCUAAUUUUAGAUUGUAUGUCAUCCUCGGUGUUUAACAUGAGAAUCGAGGAAGGCAUGCUUUUUUAUCAGUGAUUUAUAUUGGGAAUGAAAACCAUUCCUACCUCCUCCUGCAGGAAGGAAAUGAGAGCUGAGGUCAUUUGGCUAUUUGGCAGAAUUCUUACCUGAUCCUCAGGCUCGGUUAUAAAAGAGAAGUGUUGUAUAAAUAUUGUGUUUUGCAUGAAAUGUGAAAUUAAAGCCAAAGCUAGAAGUGUUUGUGGUUGUGAUUGUCUUAUUUGAAAUUUUUUUUAUUAUGAAAUAAAACUGAUGUUAACUUCAA